GUAAAACUCUUCUCUUUUUCAUUUUCCUUUAGGUAAACGCCCAGUAUAGACAGUUUACCGUCCAGUCUGAGACGUCAAACUAUGUACUGGCGGUUGACGGUUACAGCGGUAAUGCUGGAAAUGGUUUCCUGGAGGGAUCCAUAGAAUUGUUUGGAGAAAACCGCACAAUGACUAUUCACAAUGGCAUGAUGUUCAGCACCUACGACAGAGACAACGACAACUGGACCCCCGGGGAUCCCACCAAACAGUGCGCCCGCGAGGACGGAGGGGGCUGGUGGUACAACCGCUGCCACUCAGCCAAUCCAAAUGGCCGAUACUACUGGGGCGGAGCCUACACGCGUCAAAUGGCCAAGCACGGCACGGACGACGGCGUGGUGUGGAUGAACUGGAAGGGCAGCUGGUAUUCGCUGAAGAGCAUCAGCAUGAAGAUCAGGCCGUUCUUCGCCUCCAGUUAAUCACGUUUGAGAGCGUCGACACAUAACGCAUACAAGGAAGCCGCCAAAAUAAAAGACAGCAGAGUGUGGCGCGUCUUUGCAACACUCAAUAUAGUGCGUCCUUUAUUUUGAAGGUAACCUUUAUGUUGAUGGACGGACACGUUUACACGCAACUAAAAUGUGAUGAAAUAAUAUCUGCUGUUGAAGUGAAAAGAGCUAAAAAAGUCUAUUUUUAAAAAAAAUAACAUGGAGCCUGAAACUUAAAAGUAAAGUCAAAUAAUAAACGUCAGAUAAAUGUCACGUCUGCAGAUAAAGACAAACCUGGUACUGGUUGUGAAUUAUGUGAUCUGUCUUUUCUUGUUAUGUGUGAUGUCUUCAGUGUGAACGACAAGGACGAGUUGAUGCCAACCGUCCUCCGCUACUCAAUAAACACAUUGAGGAACCUA